CUCAGAACUGCAAGACGCCGAUAUUGCGUUACAUUGUAGCAAAAUGGCGGCUGUCAUUCAGAAUCCACUAAAAGCGUUGGGUGACCAGUUCUAUAAGGACGCCAUUGAGCAGUGCCGCAGCUACAAUGCUCGCCUGUGUGCUGAACGAAGUGUCCGCCUGCCAUUCCUGGACUCACAGACCGGCGUGGCCCAGAACAACUGCUACAUCUGGAUGGAACGACACCACCGCAGCCCCGGGGUCGGCGCCGGGCAGAUGUACACAUACCCCGCCCGCUGCUGGAGAAAGAAGAGACGGCUGCACAACGCCACAGAUCCACGCCUGGGCAUCUACGGUCUCCAGCUCGACGGUGGCCUCAUGUCCAAGGACUCCUUGCCCACCCAGAGCACCACACUGGAGGCUCUGCUACGAGGAGAGGGUCUAGACAAGAGGAACAACUCUAAGAACGACGAGGAGAGUCUCCUGGAGAUCCAGAGGGUUCUGGAGGCAGACGCAGCAGAGGAUGCUUUCAAUGAUGAUGAUGACUACGAGGUGGACACUCCCAAGAGGAGACAUCGGGGCAAAGGAAGAGGUCGGGGUUCAGGCCGCAGGAGGGCAGAUAUGGAUGACGACAAGCCAUACGUCUGUGACAACAGAUACAAACAAAAGCAGAAUACGAAAUCUUCAGCCUCAGUCUGUGCGAAGCGCUACAGGAACCGCACGGGACUAAGCUACCACUACACCCAUUCCCACCUGGCAGAGGACGGCAGAGCCGGAGAGAGGAGCUCAGUGGCGUCUAAAUCCCCCCCUGCACAACAGACAGACAGACACAAACGUCCAAAAGGUCCAGGUGGGACCAGCAUUCCCAACAACUACUGUAACAAAUGCCAGGGUGCGAUCAAGAAAACGGGUAAAUCUGGGUCUCCUUUCUCAACCUGCCAAUGCAAAACUGACCGCGGAGAAGAGAAGGAAGACGGGACUUUUACUGGAGCAGAGGAGCUGUUCGGCACCACCUCGGAGAGCGACACCUCCACCUUUCACGGCUUUGAGGACGACGAGCUGGAGGAGCCCGCCACAAACAGCAACGGAAUAUCUAACCGACACAGAUAGAGAGAACCUUCUAGAUUUAAAGAGACGAUUUUUUUAUAUGGAUUAACCUCUGGCAAAAAUCUGCUGCUUCUUUUUCAAUGUUUUUUGUUUGCAGAAAGCACAAAGUGAUAAUUUCAGGACAGAAAUGCAAGUGGUAUUUUAUCUACUGAACAUUGUUGAAUAAUUUAUGAACACCUUUUUAUAUAUAAAUAUAUAUAUUAACUUUUAAGGCUAUGAAAGACUGUCAGUGUUUCUUGACAAGUGACUCGGUCUCCAUGCAAAACAGAAGAUGGAGUGAUUCUUUUUUCCCCCCCCCGUCACUGGAGCAGAAGGAGCAUAAACGUGAUGAACAAAAAAACACUGGAGAAAUCUGAACAAUUGAAAAAUUUAAAGGCAUAAAUUAUACAGUUCGUUUGGAAUAUGAUUGAAUGUCACUGCAGACCCGUACCUGAGCUGCUGGGUGUUUUUGAAUCAGCAGUCGGGUGUGACGAUGAAGGUCUCUGCUUCUGCUCUAACUCUGGAUUAAACUUGUAUGAAAAUGAAGGAACUAAUGAAAGGACUGCUACACGCCACUGGAAGUGUUUUGAGAUGAAGAAGCCUUUAAAAAAAAGUCUUUACAGAGAAAGACGACUAAAUAAAUGAAAGGAGCACUCAACACAUUGGCAUGUGGCCCAGAGGUGGGGGUGACCAGUGAAGAAGAGGAUUUAACUCUGAAAACUAAUGAGCCUUCAUGUCCCUUCUGAUUUGGGCCUGAAAUAACUGACUGAAACGGAUGAACAGACAUCCACCACUUCUACAGGCCAUGUGGCUUAAUUGAAGCAACUGCUCCCUUGACGAUAUGUAUUGAUCCCUUCUGAACAUUUGAAAUGUGAGUAGAUCCAGCUUCAUUUCAUCCUUUCUGCACUGUGCUGGAACUCCACUGAGCUAUGGGAACACUAAAGGCCAGGCCUUUGGACUGUUUGUGCCCGACGGGUGCAUUUGGGGCCCCCGCGGCCCAGCCUGCCCACUCCUGCUCUGUGACUGUGUGUCUGCCGUGUGAUCCGAUGUGACACUAGGACGUCAUUAUCCUCAUCACUGUGCCAGCCUGCCGCUCUGCACUGGAAACCAGCUCUGACAGCCAUGACCCUCCAACCCGAUUGGACCAGUGACCCCCUGACCCCCAGCCAUAGACACGGUGCUCAAAUCCACCACUAUUACAUGCAGACCUCUGGACUACUGUAUUAAUAUGCUGACACGGACGCAAAGGUUUUUAUCUUUCUGCCUCUGUCCCUCUGUCUGUUUUCGCUCUCUAUUUCCUGGGCCUCUGUGAUCUCACUCUGACUCAAAUGCGUUGCAGUAAUAUAGCUCUUUUAUUUUCAUCUUUUCUCUGUUGUAUGAUAUUUCUAUGUUUUGAACUCUUUAAGGUUUGAUUAGUAUGACUUCUUGGGUUUGUUCAGACUGUAUUGAUACCUCUGUCCUGAUCAGGUGCACAAUAGCCACAACUACUCAGGCAUCUUUUCAUUUCCUCUGCUGUUGAUUGUUCAGCCACUCAGCCCUGAUUCAUGUGAUUGUAUUCAGUUGGCAAGGAGGGACAAUAACGCCACACGUGGAUCCCAUCAUAAUCAGCUCCCUGUAGGGAUUCGGGAUGUUGCAGUCUUAUGCUAUAGCAAGACAUCGCAAUAACAAGCUUCAACUUCGUCUGGUCUCUGCUGAUUUUUGCCUGGUGUCACUCUCGCCGUGCAAAACCUCUCCGCUUUCCGUUUGAAACCUACCGUCUCAGCAGACAGUGACAGCAGUGAGAAUCAUCUCAGAUGCAUUUGAGAACAAUAUUGUUUGUAGACAGGCAUAACUCUGCUCAGACCCACAUACUUAGUGAGAAAUGAAAACUGUAAAUCCAAGUUAUGUGACAUUUCCGUUGAGUGCUUUAGAGGGCCUAAUUGCUUUAUGACAUUUAGAAGGUGCUUGCAGUACUGUAUCAAAAAGCCUUUGAGGUCCAUAGGUUGCACAUACUAUGUAAGAGGUCUGUGUCCUUCCAUGUGAUUAUUCAGUAUCGCUGCAAUGUAAUAAUAGCCGCUCCGUUUUUGAAGCUAACCAUAAAUCCUAUGUGUCUGGUGUAACUCGCGUUAAGUGCUUGUGCAUUCAAACCAUCUUUCUUCGCUUCCCUCAGGGACCCUCCACACAACAGUUUAUCUCCUCUGGACAAAGAAUGGAUCUGAGACUUCUCAAUUAUCUUGUCUUCUUCUCUUGUAUCAGUUAUGUGGUGUUUCCACAGUUAAAUGGGUCAUUGUGUCUUUUAUCUUCCAAAGUCAUGCCAGUAAGUGAAAGCAUGUGUCAUCAAUCAUAACCUGCUUAAUGUUACCUACCGUAUAUGAACAGGCCUAGUGUGGUGCAGUUCUGAACAAAAGGAGAAGCUCUUAAAUGCAAAAGUCAGUGAUGUCUGCUUUGAACUGUGUGUCACCAAUCAUUGAAUAGCCUGUAUACCUCGUCAAAGACACAGCAAUAGGCCCUGGUACUCUCUUGUCAAAGCCUGCCGGGGGUGUAGAGGGAGGAAUCGGGGUGGGAACGGAGCCAAGAGGAGAUGAAAUGGACAUGACUGAGCGUUUGUUUCCUCUUCAGCUGUAAAUACGAGUCGAAAUGGAGAGAAUGAAGAAGUC